AAAUGAUCCCCAAUUUGACAAUAAAUUCAAUGCAUUAGUAGUUUGUCAAUCAUUUAGUGGCCAACAAUGCCGCGGGAAAUGAUAACUUUGCAGUUGGGUCAGUGCGGUAAUCAAAUUGGAUUUGAAUUUUGGAAGAAGUUAUGUGCGGAACACGCGAUCAAUUGUGAUGGACUUCUGGAGCCGUUUGCCAAAGAGGGUGUCGGCGAUCGUCGGGAUGUCUUCUUCUAUCAGGCGGAUGACAACCAUUACAUCCCACGCGCUGUACUCCUUGAUCUCGAGCCGCGUGUUAUAAAUACCAUCAAAAGUAGUCCAUUUACUAAACUUUAUAAUCACGAAAAUAUAUAUCUGUCAAAGACUGGCGGCGGCGCCGGAAAUAAUUGGGCCAAAGGUUACGCCUGUGGAGAGAAACUUAGUGAAGAAGUGUUUGAUAUCAUUGAACGCGAAGCCGAAGGAUCCGAUUCAUUGGAGGGCUUUGUUUUGUGCCAUUCAAUUGCUGGCGGAACCGGUUCGGGAAUGGGGUCUUAUAUAUUGGAAAGACUUAAUGACCACUUUCCUAAAAAGCUAAUCCAAACGUAUUCGGUGUUUCCAAAUCAAGAAGAGACUAGUGAUGUUGUGGUUCAACCCUAUAAUUCAUUGUUAACAUUGAAACGAUUGGCACUGAAUGCCGAUUGUGUUGUAGUUCUCGAUAAUACAGCCCUCACUCGUAUUGCUGUCGAUCGCCUUCACAUUGAAAACCCGACAUUCAAUCAAAUCAAUUCAUUGGUAUCGACUAUAAUGUCGACCUCAACGGCAACAUUAAGAUAUCCAUCUUAUAUGAACAAUGAUCUCAUUGGACUCAUUGCACCGUUAAUACCUAUGCCUCGAUUACAUUUUUUGAUGACUGGUUAUACACCGUUGACCACCGAAACCAAUGAACAGAUGGCAGUAAGAAAAACGAGUGUUUUAGAUGUGAUGAGACGUCUAUUGGACGACAAAAAUAUGAUGGUUUCGACUCUAAUGCAGGCCCGAAAUGCUGGCCACUGCUAUAUAUCGAUUCUUAAUAUAAUACAAGGAGAGGUUGAUCCCACACAAGUUAACAAAAGUUUAAUGAGAAUAAGGGAAGGAAAAAAAGCACAGUUUAUUCCGUGGGGACCGGCAGGCAUUCAGGUGGCCCUCUCCAGGAAAUCACCGUAUAUUCAAACACCACAUCGCGUCUCUGGACUUCUCAUUGCAAACCAUACUUCUAUAUCACAUCUGUUCGAACGAACACUCGCUCAAUACGACAAACUUAGGAAAAGAGAGGCAUUUUUGGAACAGUUUCGCAAAGAAGAUAUGUUUAGAGAUAACUUGGAUGAACUCGACAGCUCUCGGGAAGUGAUGCAAGAGUUGGUCAAUGAGUACGUGGCGGCAACUAAACCGGAUUAUCUUCAAUGGCUUCAGCGAAAAACAUAAUCAUUUGGUAUUUUUCAAUAUUAUUUUUAUGUAAAUUUAUACAUAACUUUAAUUGUAUAUUAAUUUAUAUAA